AUGCGGCCUGAGACGGCUGCCCCCCCGUCCUCCCCGGGAAACGCUGCGCAGCGCGGUGGGCCUCAGCCAGAGGGCUGUGUGGUGAAAGUUGUGAAGAUGAGAAAAGACGUGAAGAAGGCCAGAGUCCUGGCUAUUCGCAGACUAACCAGACACAUCGGGAAAUUAAAGUUGAAAAAGGGUUCAGAAGACUUGAAAUUAAAGAACCAAAAACGAGUUGAGAGAUUAAUAGAAGAGAUCCAUGCGAUGAAGGAAGUAAAGCCAGAUGAAGUUACCAGACUUGCUCUUAGGACAGAAGUUAAUUUUGAAAGUGUCUGCAGAAAGCCAAAUUGUACUGCAACUGAGCGAGCCAUUGCAAGACUUGCAACACACCCCAUCUUGAAGCCGAGAUUUCUUGAACUUAAAGCUGCUGUAAAAGCUUUUAAGGAUGCAAGAAAGAACCCAGCCAAAAACACUCCUUCGAAAAAGGCAAAGUCAGAAGAACAGCCUAAAUCAGCGCAACGUUUUGAUAGCAAUUUGGAUGACCAAGCUCUUAAACCAGCUCAAAAACAGCAAGGAAGUGAACACAAAACAAAAAUGAGUAUGAAAAUAGAAACUGACAGGGUGGCUGAAGAACUUUGUGAGAAUGAAGUUAAGCAGAAAACUGUGGAAAUGGAGAGACCCUAUGCUCCAGAAGAAUCUUCAUUUCAGGCAGUAGAAAUGCAAGCAGUCACUCAGAAUAAAACAGGAAGGAAACUUGGCUACCAAAAAAAGAAAGAAAAUAUGAGCAUGAACAAAUUGAAUGCCAUUAAAAAAAAAAUUAAUGAUGAUAGUGACCAGGAACAUCCUAAUGAAGAGGAGUACUUUGAUGAUAGUACUGAAGAGAGGUUUUAUAACCAGUCAUCAGAUUCUGACAGUGACAGCAAUGAUGAUUUCUUCAUUGGCAAAGUAAAAAGAAAGAAAAAUGUAGCAGCAGUUACUGGUCUUUCUUUAGCAAUAGAAGAGGAUAGACUUCAGAAAAACAUAGUGAAGAAAGAAAAGAACACAGUGCCUGGGAAAGCGCAAGAUUUGAUCACAGAAGAAGGAAAGCCACAUGCAAAAGCAAGCAGGCUAGAAUCAGUGUUCUGCAGUUCCUUGUCUACCUCUAAUCAGAAAUCUCAACACAGAAAAAGAAAUGCUAAAGAGCAACCUUUCAAAAAUGGAAGAACAGCUCUUCUUAAAAAGGAACCACAGCUCAAGAAGCAACCAUUUGCAAAAGCUGCAGGUAUUAAAUGUGACAAUAAGAAAGCACGUUUGGAGCAGCCUCUUCAUCCAUCAUGGGAAGCAAGCAAGAGACGCCGGGAACAAAUGUCUCAAAUUGCAGCAUUCCAAGGAAAAAAGAUUAAAUUUGAUGACUAG